CAUGUAGCAUAGUGAUUCCCACUGCCCAGCAUUAACCGGCACAGUCACACUGCAUUGAAGCGUUAGCUCCCUGCCACUGUCCCUAAGCCCAGCACAGCACAUCUCCUUUGAACCUGCCACUUCAUAACAGAAGUCUUUUAAAGAGCGAUGACAUGUCCGGUCACAUGCCCGUGAUGUCAUCAAGGUCCCUCAAUAGGAUAGGAAGUAGCUGUUACCGCACCUUAUUGGAGCAGUAAACUUCCUGCUGGGGGAGGGAACUUAACCUGUCGAUGGGGCUAUCUGUCGGCUGUUGCUACCUGGCAGAAGCAGCAUUGACAGGAGUUAGAGCAGGAACAGAAGAGGUUGGACUGUACAGCCCAGCUGCCCCUACUGCACUAUGCGGAUUGCAGGUCCUGUGCGUAUCAUUGUGAUUCUGCUCACUGUGGGUCUAACAUGGAUAUUAGCCAGUAUAAUGCUGGGGACACAGAGUGGCUUCCCUCGGAUCCCAGCGCUAAUAGGAGGCCAUGAAGCCAUGAGCACAGCAGACCCUCGUCCUCGGAGGUAUAAAUGUGGCCUGCCUCGACCCUGUCCGGAGAAGCAUUUUGCUUUCCGUGUGGUAAGCGGAGCGGCAAACGUCAUUGGACCAAAGAUCUGUUUGGAGGACAAAAUGUUGUUGAGCAGCAUCCAGAAUAACGUGGGUCGUGGACUCAAUGUGGCUCUUGUGAAUGGAGUAAAUGGAGAGCUCAUUAAUGCCAAAACUUUUGACAUGUGGAGCGGAGAUGUGACAGAGCUGCUGAGCUUCUUACGUCCGAUCCAUGAAGGCACUGUAGUUAUGAUAGCUUCCUUUGACGAUCCAGCAACAAAGAUGACUGAAGAUAUUCGGAAAUUAUUUGCAGAGCUGGGCAGUGCUUCAAUUAAAGAUGUUGGUUUCAGAGACAGUUGGGCGUUUGUUGGCGCAAAGGGUGUGCAGGACAAAAGCCCAUUUGAACAGCUCAUUAAGAAUAAUAAAAACACCAACAAGUAUGAGGGCUGGCCUGAAGCCGUGGAGCUGGAGGGGUGUAUUCCACAUCGCACAAUGGAAGAGGAGUGACAGAAGAGGGAUUAAUUAAGUGAAGGCGCUCUCUAGUGGUGGCCCAUAUUGGGCACGUUGCACUGUCCAUCUGCUGCUGCCUAACCCCCCUCAUAAGACGGAGUCAGAUGCUAGCACCAUUUACGCCUUUCUCCGUUCUUUGCGUCAUUCUCAGCCCUGGCUUCUUCCCUCGGGAUAUCUGAAUUGUUAUGACUGCGGGAUCAUAAAGCCAGCUCCAGCAUGCUUGCACCGAAAGAGCCGUAAAGAUCACUGCAGGAUGAACUCUGAGAAUCGCGCUAAUUGAAACCUUGUGCUUCCAUCAGAAGGAAACGAGGAAUCCGGUAGCGUACAGGAACUUAAUGGAAAAUAUGUGCCCAUCCUGUUUGUUCUUUGUAUUUAUUUUUUUAAUUGAAAAUCCAGAAAUAUUUUAGCAUUUCUACUAAUGCACCAAAAUAUUUUUAUAAAUCAAGGCCCCAAAAACUAUGUUGUACUCAGAGGCAGACUAGCUGUUACAAUGCAUUUGAAACCCCCAUCAGCCUUGAGCAGUUAUUUGUUACUUAGCACUAAUAUGGCUAAAUGAUUGGCUGGCAGGGAAGAUAAAGUUUUACCUAUUGUACAUGUUAAUUAGCACUUUCUGUUCAGUUGUGUGACACAUGAGUGCUAAGACGCACCAUACUGUAUGUAGAGUAAAAGGUUUGGAUUGAUUGAUUGGUUUGGAGUGCAUGAUGGGAGAGGAUAUUAUUAAUAAGGUUUUCCUCAAAAGUUGCACCAAUAAAAUUAUUUCCGUUUAAAAAAAAAAAAAAA